CCCCCCCGCGCGCCGUCAAGCGGUAAAGACGUGUUUACUUGUGCUCCGUUGAUAAAAAUUUUUAAAGUUAUCUAAAACCCAAUACUCUGCUUAUUAUAACUACCACUAGCGGUGCAUUAAAGGAACAUUAUCGUUGUGUAUUACUUGUGACUACUACAGUGCGGGAUUCGUGAGUCUUUAUCCAAUUUUAAUGAUCUAUAAUUGUUGACUGUGAUAAAUAACCAACAUUAUCACACCUACCCCACGCACCACCUACUGCCCAGCGCCUGAUAAACUGAAAUCGCACUAUUGCGGAAAUUCUACACUUCGCAUUGAACUUGUACAGGCGCAAUUAAACAUGUCCACCCAAAAUGUAACUCAAAGAACACCGCCCAACAACCUUCUUCGAGCUAAUAACGCUCCAAUUAACGAAUCACGUAGUCUCGAGGAUAUUCGUAACACGAAAGGUAUGGAAACCACAACGGGAUUAUCACCCGAAACCCAAAAAAAACUUUCUCAAAGAGUAAAGAGACGCCGUGAAGUUGACAGUGACGCCAUAUAUGACGAACUGGCUGGCUUCAAGAGCGACAUUAAAGACAUGAUCAAAGAGUUAAUUUCUGCCCAAAACACCAGGAUGGACAACCUGGAACAACACAUGAUGGAACUGAAAAAACAAUUCUCUACAAUCAAAGACACCAAUAAGGACAUCCAUGUCUACAUGAUUGAAGAGAAGAUUGAAAACCUGGACAGAAAUAUUAUAAAAACGUCAAUCGAAUUACGAAACGUUCCCAAGCGCCCACAGGAAACAAAAGAAAAUUUGUUCUGCCUCGUAAAAACACUGUCCCAAAGCAUAAAUGUAACUCUCCAGCCACACGACAUCCGAGACGUGUCACGUCAACCAUCAAAAAGAGAAAGCCCAGUUUCUGCUCUAGUAGUAGAGUUCUCCAACACGUUAAUCAAAAGCCGGAUUCUAAAUGGAAUAAAAGAGUUCAACAAAGCAAAUAACAAGGAUAAGAUGAAUUCCUCACACCUGGGACUAGACUCGCCGAAAAUACCAAUUUACGCCACCGAACUGCUGACAAAUACCUCAAAGAGACUGUACUUUCUCGCCCGAACGCUCGCUAAAUCUGAAAACUAUGCAUUCUGCUGGAUCUCCAAUGGACGAGUCCUCCUACGUAGACAUAAAGAUGGUCCACAUAUUGUUGUUAAAGACGAACAUCACCUCCAACAGUUGUCUUCAAAAACCCCUGGAAAAUAAUUUAUACAAUCUUGAUUAUUCUGUUCUUUUUACCUUAGUUAUUAUAAGGCAUGUACUUUAUAAUUUAAUAAUAAGGUCACACUACUACACAAAUCUCACACACCACUCAAACUCAUACCUUAGUAAAUGUUUAAUAAAGCAUAGUCACUUGCUGGAUUGCCCUCUAUACACCCCAUUAGCAACGAAAUGUACCUACUUGCUACUUUAUCAUACUUAUACAUAUACCUACCAAAUUAUACCAUGUACGCAUAUACUUAUUUCUUUUACUUUUUUUUUUUUCUAAAAUAUAAUGGAGCACAACCUUAGUAAAAUAAUUACCGAAAUUGACAACUUCGCGGUAUCUAAACCGUUUAAAUGCAGUCCGGAGGACUGUAAAACAUAUCUUAGUAAUAAUAAACAUGUUAACGUAAUUACACAAAACAUUCGUAGUAUUUCAUGCAAUAUUGAUGGUUUUGCCAUAUUUUUAAACAGCCUAAAAGUCAACAUAGAUGUUAUCGUGCUGACAGAAUGCUGGCUAAAUUGCCCAUCUAAUCAAAUAAUACCAAAUAUUGAGGGUUACAACCAGAUAGCAACAAACAAUAAUAAUAACAAAAAUGAAGGGAUCGUCGUGUACAUAAAGGAUGACCUAAUUUCAACAAGCUAUGAACCCAUC